AUGCUUCCAACAUAUCGAAAUAAUGAGAAAUCUCAAAGUGAAUUUCAAAUAUUAUGCUGUAAAUUUAGGAACCAAAGCAAACAAUCAGAAUUCCUUAUCUGCUGUGGACUAGUCUUCAUUUUCUACUUGAUUUAUGGAUAUUUUGCUGAACUGAUCUUCACGUAUCAAGGAGUGUCGGGAUGGUACAUAACUUUAGUUCAAUUCUUCUUCUACACUAUUUUUGGCCUGAAAGAAAAUGCAAAAAUGCACCGUCUAGUUCCGUUCAAAAUUUACCUCCUUUUGGCAUUUUUAACUUUAGGAACUAUGGGACUAUCGAACUUCUCAUUGGAAUAUCUUAACUAUCCAAUGCAAAUCAUUUUCAAGAGCUGUAAAUUGAUUCCGGUGCUAAUUGGAUCGAUAUUAAUCCAAAAAAAGAAGCAUAGCUUUAUGGAUUUUAUGGCAGCAUUUGCGAUGUGUAUUGGAUUAAUAUUCUUUACCCUUGCUGACUCGCAAGUGUCACCAAAAUUUAGUGGAUACGGUGUAUUCGUUAUAUCAGUAGCCUUAGUUUUUGAUGCUGUGAUUGGAAAUGUGCAAGAGUUAGCAAUGAAGAAAUACAAAGCUUCCAAUAGCGAGGUUGUGUUCUACUCUUAUGGCAUCGGGUUUUUAUAUUUACUAUCAUUUAUGGUGAUUACUGGAGAUUUCUUUGUUGGAUUUCAAUUUGCUUGGAAGCAUCCAAUGGAGACGUACGGUUAUAGCUUUUUACUAAGUAUUACGGGAUAUUUAGGAAUACAAGUAGUUUUAACUCUAGUACGAACUACAGGGGCUACUACGGCUGUUACAGUCACGACAACUCGCAAAGCUAUGAGCAUUGCAGUAUCGUUUAUAUUCUUUACAAAACCAUUUACAUGGCAAUAUGUUUGGUCGGGACUGAUCAUUGUUUUAGGUAUUUAUCUUAAUGUAUAUAGCAAGAGAUCAAAAUUAACGUUCAAAGAAUUUAUUGGAAAAUUUAGAAGAUUGAUACAUAAACGUAAAGAUGAGAGUAGACAAAAACUUCUUGACAUUUAA